AGUGAAGUCUUCUCUCAGUGGCAGCUCAUAGGAGGGAAAACAAACCAGAAGUUUUGAGAUACAGAACAGGGAAGGAGAAAGAAGAAAAGGCAGAGCUGUCUUCAAACCACAGUUCCUCUUAGGCUGUAUGUGGGUUUUAUACAGCCAUGGCAUCAGCAGCUCCACAAAAAAGGAUGGUGUCCUCUUUCUUCAUCACUCUGGCGUCUCCUCACCGAGCCACAGUGACACAGCAGCAGCCCGCCCUCCAGGCCCACAGUGCCCCGGCAAGAGACAAGCAGCACACAGCUGUGCGAGUCAGCCCGAGUGACAACAUCCCCUCCCUCAGACUUAAGAAAGAGGACCACUCACAGGCCGAGGCUUAUGGCAGCAGAGACAGCAAAGGCCGUGUUCACGCCGGGGCCUCUGUCCGGGCUUCAGACCCUCAGAGCCCAAUACCUGCCCAGCCUGUACCCAGCAGAGGAAGGUUGCAAGAAGACGACAGAGGUGCUGCAGAUCUCCUCCCUCCUCCUCCACCUCCUCCUCCUGCUGCACUGCCUUCACCCCCAGGAACAUCGUUCACUGAAGAAUCAGCACUUCCACCACCUCCUCCUGCCCAGACGCCUCUCUCCCAGCCUCUGACCCCAGGCCAGCAGCUACUUUAUAACAGAGAGGUGGAAACAAGCACACCAUCUAGUGGGUUAAAACAAGAUGAACAAUCCCACGGGAUCCAAAAAAAUGGCCAAGACACGAGCUGGGAGAGUAAAGAGGUGUGUGGCUUCUGUCGGAAACCCGUGGCUCUUUCUGAACCUGCAAUAGAGGCCUUAAACAGGACGUACCAUGACGGUUGCUUCCAGUGUAGAUCUUGUCACAUUCCCCUGGCUGGUAAACAGUACUACAACAAGGCAGGGAUCCCACUCUGUGAAGACUGCUACCAGGCCAGUCUGGAACUUUGUUGGGCGUGUGGGGAAGCUAUCACAGAUCACGUGAUCCGUGCACUGGAGCGAGCAUACCAUCUUUCCUGUUUCACCUGUGCAACAUGUAAACAGCAAAUUGGGGAGCAAUCUUUCGCUCAGGGAGAAGUUGGAGAAGUUUAUUGCCUCCAGGACUAUUACAGGAAGUAUGCUCCAAAGUGCAACGCGUGCAACCAGCUAAUCAUUCCAAAAGAAGACGGUACUGACAGCUAUAAUGUUGAAUGCCUGGGGCGCUCCUACCAUGAGAACUGCUACAGAUGUGAGGUUUGUGCCAUCCAGCUCUCUCCUGAACCUAAUGAGCACGGCUGCUAUCCUUUGGAUGGGAAGAUGCUUUGCAAAUCGUGCCAUCUGAGCCUGGUCUCUGGCCAGCACUAACACUGGCCUUAUAUCCCGGGAUAAACUGCAACUGAUGGAAAAGUGCCACGAGUCCGGCUUCAAAGAGAGGGCAGGGCGACUUUGCAUGUGCAUUUUAAGACGCUGGAAUACAAACAUUACACAUCUUUUUCCAAUAGAACAAUAAUGAUUUUUUUUUUUUUACAAUAUAUCAUGCUUUCUGAAGAUGCUCCUAUUCUUCUUUUAUACUUGAUAAUUUUGCACUCAAUAAACUCUACAAAAUGCACCAAAUAUAUUUAUGCAACAGACUUUGCAAAAGCAUACGGAGAACAUGAUUUGAAUUUUUGUAAAUCUCAAUCAGUAAACUAUUUCUUAAUCACAAUAACCCUUUAUUUAACCCUUUAUAUAAAAAAAUAAAACUCUAUAUAAAAUUAUAUUAAAGUAAACUAAUAUAUUUUAUCUCGAGGCAGGCUCUAACAUACACAACAUUUCUUAUAUUACACAUACAGGAAAUAAGGAAAUAAGGGAGGAAAAUUUGCUCUGCUCAUUCGCAUCUGUGGCAAAAUACAUAACAACCAAUACUGAAUACAGACAUUAGAUUUAUAUUACAUUUACAUUUAUAAAAUAAAGUGGAACAGAGCACAACAACACAUCCCCAGCACUUAUUAUGGACCAAAACUUGAAGGUGCUUUUUAUGUGAAUGUGAUUACGUCCAGUGAUAUUCACUGGCCCACAGGGCCUAUCUUGUCUUUUGCCUCAACAAUAAACUACUCACACUGAUUUGACAUUACAAUAUUAAAAUCUCAUUCUGAUCCCAGCUGUAUUAUUUUGUUAUUUAUGUUCUGUAUCUCAAAAUGACAUGUUUGUGGAACCAUAUUUCUUUGUAUCGAAAACAUUUAUAAAAAUAUUUUCUA